AUGUCGGACGAAGAUGUGCAGGAGCAGACGAUCGCUGAGGACCUGGUGGUCACCAAGUACAAAAUGGGCGGUGACAUCGCGAAUCGUGUGUUGAAGUCCUUGGUUGAAGCAGCCAACGUGGGAGUAUCUGUGAUGUUCCUUUGUGAAAAAGGCGACACCUUAAUCAUGGAAGAAACAGGAAAGAUUUUCAAAAAAGAGAAAGAAAUGAAAAAAGGCAUUGCUUUUCCCACCUGUGUAUCCGUGAACAAUUGUAUUUGUCACUAUUCUCCUCUCAAGAGUGAUCCAGACUACCUCCUAAAGGAUGGAGAUCUUACUAAAAUUGACUUGGGUAUUCAUGUGGAUGGAUUCAUUGCAAACGUAGCACAUAGUUUUGUUGUUGGUAGUAAACAGGAUAUUCCAGUGUCUGGUCGCAAAGCUGAUGUCAUCAAAGCUGCACAUUACUGUGCUGAAGUGGCUUUAAGAUUAAUUAAACCUGGCAAUGAGAAUAUAAAAGUGACGGAAGCAUGGAACAAGAUUGCUCAAGCCUUUAAUUGUACACCAGUAGAAGGUAUGUUGUCACAUCAAUUGAAGCAGCAUGUUAUUGAUGGGGAUAAAACUAUAAUUCAAAACCCUACAGACCAACAGAGGAAAGAUCAUGAAAUUAUUGAAUUCAGAUUGCAUGAAGUGUAUGCUGUUGAUGUUCUUCUAAGUACUGGCGAAGGCAAGGCAAAAGAUGCUGGACAAAGAACAACAGUUUAUAAGAGGGACCCGACACAACAAUAUGGUUUGAAAAUGAAAACAUCUCGUGCAUUUUUUAGUGAAGUUGAAAGACGAUUUGAUACAAUGCCCUUUACUUUAAGAGCAUUUCAAGAUGAAAAAAAGGCCAAGAUGGGUGUAAUGGAAUGUACUAAGCAUGAACUUCUUCAACCAUUCAAAGUACUUUAUGAGAAGGAGGGUGAGUUUGUUGCUCAGUUUAAGUUUACAGUUCUCCUCAUGCCAAAUGGUCCUCUGCGAAUUACCAGUGGAAUGUUCAAUAGUGAAAAUUAUAAGUCAGAAUUUGAUGUGAAGGACCCUGACAUCAAGGUCCUACUCCAAAGCUCUAUUAGUAGAAAGUCCCAUAAAAAGAAGAAAAAAAAGAAUUUCAGAUCGGAAGUCAAUUGUAAUACAGAUGAUAUGAACAUGAAAAAUGAGGCUGGAAACUGA